ACGCAGCGUCUGUCGAUCGGCAGCAGCUAACCAUUCUCCAUCGUGGCCACGAGCAGACAAGGAUAUACCCAUUGAAAGACGCAGCAACGACGAUGAAGGUCGCUCUGACUCUACUCUCGCUAGCGUUGUUCGUCUGCCAGGCGGCGGCAUCCGGCUAUGGUCGCGGUCAGGGCCAGGUGCAGGUCGCCAUCACCCAGCAGCGCGUCACCGAGGCGCCUGGCUACUUCACGACGUCCCGCUAUGGUCCGGCUUCGUCCGGCUCGCUCUCCGGAUCCGGCCAGCGCACGAGUAGCCUGACAUUCACGCGCACGGGGGAGGCCGAUGGCUCACUGUUCUCCAGAGAUAAGGCGGAGGCCACCGAGGAUGCGAAGAAGACCAGAGGCUAUGACUACACCUACAAAGAGGGCCACGACUACACGCAGCCGCGGACCCUCUACAACUACGACGUCGAAGAGCCGAUCUGGGGUCGAGCUGACGUCGACGUCGUCUACACCGGAGAGCAGCAACCUGUGAGACAGGCGACGCAGACGCUGACGCGCACGCAGACCAUCGCCAGGCCCGUCGUCACGGGCUCUGUCACCGCGGUCGUCGGCCGACCGGUCGUCGCCAGACAGACAUACGGAGGCGUCGGCGGAGGCAUUGGAGGCAUUAGAGGCGGCUACGGUGGCGUCGGCAUCGGUGGAGGUAUUGGAGGUGUUGGAGGCGGCAUUGGCGGCAUUGGCGGCAUCGGCGGAGGCAUUGGCGGCAUCGGCGGAGGCAUUGGAGGCAUUGGAGGCGGCUAUGGCGGCAUCGGCGGAGGCAUUGGAGGCAUCGGUGGUGGUUACGGAGGCAUAGGAGGCGUUAGAGGCGGCUAUGGCGGCAUCGGCGGAGGCAUUGGAGGCGUUAGAGGCGGCUAUGGCGGCAUCGGCGGAGGCAUUGGAGGCGUUAGAGGCGGCUAUGGCGGCAUCGGCGGAGGCAUUGGAGGCAUCGGUGGUGGUUACGGAGGCAUAGUAGGAGGCAGCUACAGCAGCCGCACCAUCGGAGGAAGCUACGGAGGCGGUCUCGGCGGCUACGGGGGAGGAAUCGGAGGAUCAUACGGAGGCGUGAGCGGCAGAUACGCCGGCGGAAACAUCUACGGAUAGGCGAGCGUCCGCGGCAACGGUUGCGAUAUUCCUCCUCCACCAACCCACCAACCCCUCCAUUUAGUUCUAUUUUCGAUUUGAAGAAUCACACACUCGCGUGCUGAGAUCAAUCUAACCACGCACGCACGGAUCAGUCGAGUUUAAUCCUGUUGCUACCCGUUCGAGACGGUCCCGAAAGCUUCAGAUGAUGCCUUGCACGUGCCCCGUGCUAUAUACGAGCUCAUGUGUACUGUGUAUACUAGUGUAUAGGCGUGCUUUAUAGGGCCUCAUAUGUAGUGCGGCAACCAUUGCAGUUUCCUCGUUGCGUCCCCAUAGUAUGUAUGCUUCUAGCAUCACCAUCCUGUCCAAUUCUUACGUCGGAUCACGGCGAACAGCCAGUAUGAAAGCAUUCUAGGAUAUCGUAACCGAAACCACCACUUUAUAUGAACGAUUGUAAUCGUGUUUGAAUUUAUGUUUUGAGAGUGUGUAACUUGUUUAUUAUAUCACUAACUAUUCUAUUUCGAUGGCCUUGUCGAAGUCACAAUCGCAUUGCAUUUAUAAACAACGUCGCCUUCAUAUGUUAUUUAUGGAUCAGAAAUAUACCUCUCAUGCUCGUGUGUUAAGCUGCAGUGAAACAUGGCAUUUAUAUAUACAUACACACACACAUAUAUAUAUAUAUAUAGUAUGAUUGCAAUUUUUAUUUGAAAAAAGUUAAAUAAAAUGUUAAUGUAAAAUAUACCUACCGUCUAUGGCGUCAUA